UUCAUCAUGUCUUCUGGAGGUCUUCUUCUCCUGCUGGGACUCCUCACCCUCUGGGCAGAGCUGAUCCCUGUCUCCAGCCAGAACCGGCCAGAAUAUUGUUAUCUUCCUCCCGACCCCGGACCAUGCUACGCCAACUUUCAAGUCUACUACUAUGACUCAACUUCAAACGAAUGUAAAGUUUUUACUUAUGGUGGUUGUUGGGGCAAUGCCAACAGGUUUGAGACCAAAGAUCAAUGCCAGUACACCUGUGUUGCAUCAAUAACGAGGAGACCCACCAGAAUUGGAACUACUGUUCGAAUUUGACCCAAAGACCCUUCUUCUGUCCUGCACCACCCUGGAGACCCUCCCCCCAAACCCCACCCCGGGCUCAUUCCU